AGUACUCGCUAGCGGCUAGUCCGUCAGCGUGUGACCUUAUAUACGUAAAAUGUAAAUAGUAUUCCGUCAACUCGGACAACACACAUUUUUUUACAUUCUACAAGACUUUUAGUGUACCGUUCCGGAAGUAAGACGAUUUAACUUGAUUCGCCUUUCAAUUGUUUGGUAAUGGAUAAUACACUCGACGACCCGUCAUUACUUUUUUAUGGUAAAGAUCCUGGAGCCGCUAAAUUUGGAAAUUUUAUAAAUUACUACUCCUUCCAUAGUGUAAACGAAAGACUACAAAAUCUUCAUCAUGAUAUGUUUCCGAUACUUAAAAACACAUCACAAAUUUUAAUUAUGGAUAUUGGAUGUAAUACUGGAGAACUUACAAUCCAACUAUACCGAUAUUUGGAGUCUUUAUAUCCCAAUACUGAAGUACACAUUCUAGCUAUUGACAUAGAUCCCAUAUUGAUUGAAAGGGCUAAUAGAGAAAUUAAGAAUAUUCUGUUUGUCUCUUGCAAUAUUAUUCUAGAUAGUGGGAAAAAUAUAAUUACAGAAUAUCUACAAAAAUUCAACAAAAAAUGUUUUGAUAUAACUUUUUGUUUCUCAGUAACAAUGUGGAUUCAUAUAAACAAUGGAGAUGAUAAGUUUAUUGAAUUUUUAAGUUUCCUUAAGUCUUCUUCAAAUUGUAUAAUAAUUGAGCCACAACCAUGGAAAUGUUACAAAAAUGCACAAAGGAGAAUGAAAAGAGCUGGAGCAGGUGAUUUUGAAUUAUUUAAUUCUUUAAAAUUUACAGUAAAUAUUGAAGAUGUCAUAGAAAAAAUAUUAUCUGACAAAACACAUAGAAAAGUUUAUGAAUCUCAAUCAUCUUCUUGGAAAAGAAGAAUUCAAAGUUAUCUUGUAAGAGAUUGUUUAUGACUUAUGAAAUUUAAUUUAAUUCAAUCAUCCAUCUAC